GUGCAGGUGUUCCUGACGGAGUACGCGGGCCCCCUCCUCAUUUACCUGCUGUUCUAUUUCCGGGUGCCGUUCCUGUACGGGCCCCGCUACGACUUCACCGCCAGCCGGCACCGCGUGCGCUUCUCACACGGCACCAUGGCCCUGCGCAACAUCUUCAAGCGCUUCUCACACGGCACCAUGGCCCUGCGCAACAUCUUCAAGCGCUUCUCACACGGCACCAUGGCCCUGCGCAACAUCUUCAAGCGCUUCUCACACGGCACCAUGGCCCUGCGCAACAUCUUCAAGCGCUUCUCACACGGCACCAUGGCCCUGCGCAACAUCUUCAAGCGCUUCUCACACGGCACCAUGGCCCUGCGCAACAUCUUCAAGCACUGCCCCGGCACCUGUGUCACUGCCCUGUCCCCUCCCUGUCCCCAGCGCUUCUCACACGGCACCAUGGCCCUGCGCAACAUCUUCAAGAACUGCACCUACUACUGGGGCUUCGCGGCCUGGAUGGCGUAUUACAUCAACCACCCGCUGUACACCCCGCCAGGCUCCAAGACGCGGAAGAUCCCGUACCCCACCCGCAACCCCUUCACGUGGCUCUUCCUGCUCGUGUCCUGCCCCAACUACACCUACGAGGUCGGCUCCUGGAUCGGUUUCACCAUCAUGACCCAGUGCCUGCCCGUGGCGCUGUUCUCGCUGGUGGGUUUCGUGCAGAUGGCGAUCUGGGCUCAGGGCAAGCACCGCAGUUACCUGCGCGAGUUCCGCGACUACCCGCCGCUGCGCUCGCCCAUCGUGCCCUUCCUGCUGUGACACCGCCCUGGGGACAGCCCGGGGACAUCCUCCAGUGUCCCCUCCCUGCUGUGACACCGCCCUGGGGACACCGCGGGGACAGCCCCCAGUGUCCCCUCCCUGCUGUGACACCGCCCUGGGGACAGCCCCCA